AUGAAUCCUCUGCUUGCAGCAAUGAAUGCAGUUCAGUCCACAAGAGGAGCGCGAUAUGUUCGAGUGCGUGACUUCUUUUUAGCAUACCGCCAGGUAGGAAUGGAUCCGGACGAGGUGAUCACGAGUGUGUAUAUGCCGUACACGAAGAAAUGGGAAUAUAUGUUUCCAUUUAAGCAGGCCCGUCGUCGCAAGGAUGAUAUCAGCAUCGUAACAGCGGGGAUCCGCGUGAAGCUUGAAUGCUUAUCAGAGAGUAGAGGUUGGACUAUUCAGGACGCUUCUGCAGUAUAUGGUGGUAUGGCACCGAUUACAAAGGCUGCAUCUGAAACGGAGCGUUUUCUCGUUGAAAGUGGAAUGGCGAAGUACAGGGAGAGUUUAUGCUUAUCGUUUCUGUACAAGUUUUUUGUUGCGUCGUCUCAGCGUCUUCGAGUUGAUCUCCAGGAAACAAUGGCAGCUGCUUCUGUGUUCCCUGAAGCCCCCAUGAUUGUCGACGAGGUACACUCUGCAGGCCAGUCUUUCUUGCAUCAAGUUUGCCCGAUCUCUUAUGGAAUUCAGAGCUUUGGUACGGAAAUAGGUGGUCUUCAAGAUUCAAAGCAUCGACCAGUAGGUAACGAUAUGGCGAAGUGUAGACCAGUUGGAGAUCCUCUCAUGCACAAGUCGGCAUAUUUUCAAGUGAGUGGCGAAGCACUUUAUACAGACGAUAUUCCAAGCACACCAGGAAAUUUGCAUGGUGCUUUAGUUCUUUCUACUUGUGCUCACGUUUUAAUCAAAGACGUUAAUGCAAGUGAAGCACUCAGCAUGAAAGGAGUACACCACUUCUUCGACGCAACGAUUGAGACCGAGAAGCUUGGCUGCAAUACUAUUGGUCCUGUGCUGAAGGACAAGGAAUGCUUUGCGUCGAAAGAGGUUCUUUGUGUUGGUCAACCCAUCGGUAUAAUUGUCGCAAACUCGCACGAAUUAGCCAUGGAAACUGCUGAUAAAGUGAAGGUUGCCUACGAGGAAUUGCCAUCGUGA